UUGACCUUCGCGAUAAUCGAGAUCAGAAUUAAUAUUAUUUAUUGUGGUGAAAUGAUUAUCUGGUGGUGUUUAUAAGUGAGAAGUGUAGAAAACAGUAGAAGAUGGCGCACCAAAAUCAAGUUAAUCUAGACAUGGGAGAGGAGGAUCCGGAGGAAACCCCUCCGAGACCGAAUGCACUUACCAGAAUGGACUCUGUUACCAGACCCCCAAUUCCGAAUAGAAGUAAUAUCGGUCUUGGAGACAGACUAAACAGCAUGUUCAGAGAGAUCCGACCUCUCGUGGAACACGCGCGAAUGGGCAAUAAUGCAAGGCUAUCAUUGCCGACUUGGCUACCACGUAAUCCACCAAACACUCACCAACUCGGAGAUGGUCCACAGCGGCCACAGAGCUCCAUAGCUCAUGUGAACCUUGGGCCAGCAGCCCAAACAUACAUUGUCACAGAUCGGGGAACUCCACCAGCGUUAAGGGCCCAAACUAGCCAUGCCUUGAGCACUAGCAUUUCUAAUGAUUCCAACAUGUCUGAACACGUUCCAGAGGAAAUAAAUAUUUCAGUCAAUCCAGCCAAUAACAAUAAUAUCAACGAUAAUGCAGAGACAGAUAAUCAAAGCGAUGAUGGCACUCAGCAGGUUGUGGAUGUUCGAGGGACCUUAAAUUUACUGAUAAGAUAUGCACCAUUCUAUUUCUUACUGUUUGUAAAAUAUUUGUAUGACAGCAGGGAAGCCAUUUUCACAUUUAUCAUAUUAUUCUGCACAUUCUCUCACAGCGACAGCCUUGUAAGAAGGGAGCAUGGAAAACAAAUGAAUCGCAGUUUCCUUGCGCUACUAAGCGAAUUGCUGUUUACAACAAGUUGUAUAGCGGUCGUACAUUUUCUAUUUGGCCACGGGCGGUUACUGCCCAAUGUUAUAAUGUUCCCUGGAUACACUGAGCCGAUAGAUGUAUGGGAACUACUGUGGCUGGUGGUGCUUACCGAUCUCAUUGUGAAGAUCAUCACGGUGGAUGUUAAGAUAAUUGUCACUAUGAUGCCUUCUAUUGUGUUGCCUUAUCAGAAACGGGGGAAAGUCUACUUAUUCACAGAAGCAGUAUCACAAUUAUAUAGGGCUCUUAUAACAAUUCAACCAUGGAUAUUCUUCCUGAUGCAAUCCUAUGAGGGUUCAGAGAAAAUGGUCGGCAUGUUUCUCACAUCUGCGUAUGUUAUUGCCAAAGUUGUUGAGAUUCUUGUAAGACUGCGCCUGUUUAAGAACGCAACAUGGACUUUGUUGCAGAGUGUGAACCUUGGAACGAAGCCAACAUGCGAACAACUGAUAUCCGCCGGUGACUCUUGUCCCAUUUGCCAUGAUGAUUACACCACACCCGUAAGGUUGGGCUGUAGUCAUAUCUUCUGUGAACUGUGUAUAGCGGCUUGGCUGGAUAGGGAACAUACUUGUCCACUGUGCAGGGCUAAAGUGGCUGAUGAGCCCACUUGGCGGGAUGGAUCCACUACCUAUGAGCUACAAUUGUAUUAAGGUUUGAGAAGAAUAAAUAGACAAAUAUGGAAAAAUUGUUCAGACAAUAUUGGUACAUCAUUGGCAUUUCAUAAGAAAUAAUCUUGAAAUGAACACACAUUUGUCUAGUUAUAUAUUAUUUUGUGUGGACACAUUUGUGUAGAUAUCAGUCAGGUUGGGCUGCAGUCGUAUUUUCUUUGAAAAGUAUUAUAUUACAUUGGAAAUUUUGGUCAGACAAUAUGAGUAUGAAAUUGGCAGAUUUUUCAUUACAUACACAAGUCAUCUUGCAUACACAUUUAUCUUUAUUAGGCUAUAAGUUACCUGUGGAUACAUAUUUAUUUGUUUUAGCAUGAUUGCAGAACCUUGUAAUAUUAUAAGGUUAGAUACAUUCAUCAUUAAUAUUAAUAAAACCCUGUAAUGACCAUGCUUUUAAUAACUAUUAUAACUAUAUAAUCUUAAAAUAGUAAAAAAAUAUAUAUAUUAUGUAUCUGUAAUUCCAUAGCUAGACUAUGAAAGUUAUAAAAAUAAGAAACACAAAAUAUAUACACCUAUGAAUUGAGUAGUUAAUACUUAUUACACGUUUAAUCAUAUAAAAUAUUCAAAUGUUUUAAUAUUAAUGGAUAUAAUAAAGGUUUAUAAGCACAUACAAAGACAUUUUAAAAGAGCAAGGUAAGUUAAAUCUUGACAAGGUAACAUUAGUUGUAAAAGAACUUAAUUGACUGACUAACGGCCCUAAAAAUGUAUUAAAUUAUUUCAUCUCAGAUAUAAAAAAAAUUUUCAACAAUCAUUUUGUAUCGGAAAUAAGAAAUUAAUAAUCAAAUAAUGAAAUUACCUUUGUAUAAUUUUUUGUUGGAUUUUGACAUUUGUCUAGAUGGUAUAAAAUUAAAGUGUAAAGAAAAUUCGAAUUAGUCAAAAAAAUAGGAAUGUUUUAUACCUAAAUGUAAAUUGUGGAAAAAUAAUACUGUUACAUACAUACAUUCUAUCUCUUUUACCCGUGUACAUUGGUGAUUAGUUCUCACUCACUCUUUCUAUUUAAGUUAAGUUUGUGCUUACAUCAUUCAUUGAUAAUUAUAUUAUUUAUUAGUAUUAAAUUUCUAUAACGAAAAAUAAUUCGUUGGGCUUAACUGGUGUUAUUUUGAUUAUUCUGAAGAUAUUAAAAAAAACCAUUCAUAAAGAAAGCGAAUCUUUUUGCAAUAUAGGAACUACUAUGAAUUGUAUAUUAUAUAAGCGUUAUUUAUUACAAGUGUUUGUAAAUGAAUUAAAUCUAUUAUGUGUAGGCAUUUGUAUUUGAUUAGUUAAAGCUAAAAUUGUUCUAGAUCUAAUAUUAUAGACGUAACUUUAAAUAAUUGUGUAUUAAAUAUUGUCAUUACAUAUUUUCAAGUAUAUUAUGAUUCUUAUUCGUACACAAGAAUAUUACGUAGAAGUAGAUAAAUCCGGACUCGAGGUUUCGUUUAGAAAGAAAGAUUGCGGUAACCUUCUCAUCAACCACGCUUUAUAGCUUGUACAUUUCACCUAUAGUAUGAUCACAACCCUCUAUCUAAUCGUCCCAGGUUUAGAAAGUGAGAUCUCAGGGGACCGGGUAUAAGGUAGAGUAGGUACGAGUUAGAAAGAAACGGAACGAUCGGUACUCUCCCAUGCCUCGCCGCGCACAUACCUAAGGCGCGGUACAACGCAACGGUUGCGGUUAAGCUAUGAUUAUAUAUCUAUCUCUUCUGAGAGAAAGAAAGAGUAUCGUGAUCAUUUUUCACUUUCUAAACCCAGGGCAUUCCACUUUACGGGUUUACCUACGCUGUAAUAGAAAUGUAUUUGUCUCUUUCCCACAUUCAUUAAUAUUCAUAGCAGUGACAGCAAAUUUUUGUUUAUUUGCUUCUGGGGUUCGUAGUGAUGUGCUGUGUGUCAUGGAAUGAAUCGACAUGAUUCGACAUCGAUAGUUGGAAUUUUAUUUCUAUAAACGUAGAAAUAAAUUGUAUUCCCUUUUUAUAAUCACAUAUUAUUAGAUAGUCGAUAUUAUGUAGACAAUAAAUUCAAUUCAUCAUUAUUUUAUUUACCUGCAUGGUUCUUUUCUUGUUGAUUUUUAAUCCCGAAAAAUACUUAUCAUAGAGUAUUUUAAGUGAGUUUAUUUGUAAGUCAUGAAACUGUAUAUAUGUAAAUAAAAAAUCGAUGAUAAAAUUAUGAAUUGAAAUUAUUUUGUUAAAAUUUAUUAAGACUUAUAUUUUGUUAUUUAGUCAUUUUAUGGUAAGUAUAAUUAUAUUAUGUUAUAAGGAUAUUACCACAAUAUACACAUACAACCAGUAGGGAAACUUCAUACAAACGUUCGAAAUGGCACAUGCACAUGCAAGCGUGUGUAAACAAGUAUCGACAGAUAUAAAAAUAUCCUUGCGAUUCUCGUAAACACGCUUGCUUGUGUGCGUGAGACAUUUUGAACUUUUGUAUGAAGUUUCCCUACUGAUUGUAUCUGCUGUAUAAUGUUAUAUUACGUUUAUAUAAUAAGAAUUAUUUGCAAAAUCAAAAUAUGAAUUACAAUUAUUCGAACAAAAGACACUUUGAUGCUUUUAAAUUAUGUAUAUUAAAUGAAUUAUUUAUUUAAUUAAGUCUCAAAAAUUAUUAAUUAUAGUCAUUAAUUACACUUAAGGAUUGUUAAAUGCUUGAAUAAUGUUUUUAAUUGAUGUUUAAACAAAUCAAAUCACAUAGAAUAUAGUUUAUUUGUGAACAAAAAAAAUAUUAUAUUCCAGAGUUUUAUUUAGAACUUAAUUUGCUUAGUUACACAGUCUCUCUUGUAAAUAACAGUUAGUGUAAAGUG